GCAAGCAACCUCACAAUGUACCCCAAUUGCUCUUCAAUGUAAUUUUUUUAAAGGAUUUAUCAAAUGCUACACUUAUGUAAUCAAAACACAUGGCUCAUUUGGGAUUUUAACUACCAAGCUGCCAUCUCGGAGUAGACUUAUAACGCUUUAUUGUGACUAUAUUUUAGAAAUAGCGGUGGAGGAGGAGAUUCCAUAUAAGGAGCACAGCAGAGAAGGCACCCCUUGUGUAAUCUGGGCAUUUAAACUGAAGAAGGAUACUGUCAUAUCUGAAUGACAUACGGGCACAUGGUUGUGAAACUGGUAGACUGUGCCCUUUCAAAACAUAUUUGUUGUGAAAACAGACUUACUACUGUGGCCUAUGUCCUGUUUGCUGACCUCAUGGUGUAACCAGGUAUAAAGAUGAGCAUAAGCAGUGAUGAGGUCAACUUCCUGGUGUACAGAUACCUACAGGAGUCAGGGUUUUCCCACUCAGCCUUCACGUUUGGGAUAGAGAGCCACAUCAGUCAGUCUAACAUCAAUGGAGCCCUGGUGCCCCCUGCUGCCCUCAUCUCCAUCAUACAGAAGGGCCUGCAGUACGUGGAGGCUGAAGUCAGCAUUAAUGAGGACGGUACACUGUUUGACGGGCGGCCAAUCGAGUCCCUGUCGCUCAUCGACGCGGUAAUGCCGGACGUGGUGCAGACGCGGCAGCAGGCCUACCGAGACAAGCUGGCCCAGCAGCAGGCGGCACAGGCCCCCCCAGCCAAUGCCACCAACAUGACAGCCAACACCAAGAAUGGAGAGAACACGGCCAAUGGCGAGGAGAACGGAGCGCACGCCUUAGCUAACAACCAUGCAGACUUGAUGGAGGUGGACAGGGACAUGGAGAUUCCCAAGAACAAAGCCAUGGUGCUCCGAGGCCAUGAGUCAGAGGUGUUCAUCUGCGCUUGGAACCCUGUCUCCGACCUGCUCGCCUCAGGGUCUGGGGACUCAACGGCACGGAUCUGGAAUCUGAGUGAGAACAGCAGCUCCACGCAGCUUGUACUGAGGCACUGCAUACGGGAGGGAGGCCAGGAUGUCCCCAGCAACAAAGACGUUACAUCAUUAGACUGGAAUAGUGAGGGUACUUUACUAGCAACCGGCUCAUAUGAUGGAUUUGCCAGGAUCUGGACAAAGGAUGGUAAUCUUGCCAGUACCCUGGGUCAACACAAAGGUCCCAUUUUUGCAUUGAAAUGGAACAAGAAAGGAAACUUCAUUCUUAGCGCCGGAGUAGAUAAGACUACAAUCAUAUGGGAUGCUCACACAGGAGAAGCCAAGCAGCAGUUCCCGUUCCAUUCAGCGCCUGCUCUGGAUGUGGACUGGCAGAGCAACAACACGUUUGCCUCCUGCAGUACAGACAUGUGCAUCCAUGUGUGUAAACUUGGCCAGGACAGGCCCAUCAAAACAUUCCAAGGACACACGAAUGAAGUAAAUGCAAUCAAAUGGGAUCCAACCGGUAACCUGCUGGCCUCUUGCUCAGACGACAUGACGCUGAAGAUCUGGAGUAUGAAACAGGACACAUGUGUUCAUGACCUGCAAGCUCACAGCAAAGAGAUCUACACCAUCAAAUGGAGCCCCACUGGUCCUGGAACCAACAACCCCAAUGCCAAUCUCAUGCUUGCCAGUGCAUCCUUUGAUUCGACGGUGCGGCUGUGGGAUGUGGACCGAGGCAUCUGCAUUCACACGCUAACCAAACACCAGGAGCCUGUCUACAGUGUGGCAUUCAGCCCCGACGGCAGGCAUCUGGCCAGUGGCUCCUUUGACAAGUGUGUUCACAUCUGGAACACGCAGACUGGUGCUUUAGUCCAUAGUUACAGGGGGACAGGGGGAAUCUUUGAAGUUUGCUGGAAUGCAGCAGGUGACAAAGUGGGAGCAAGUGCAUCAGAUGGAUCUGUUUGUGUAUUAGAUCUGCGGAAGUAACACUCCUUGUUGGAAGCCAUGGACCGACAGUGAAUGUGUACAUAGCCAAAUAACUGUCCCUGCCCCAUGUACUGCUAGUCCCUCUGAACCAUGGCCAGCCACUACAGACCAGAAACAAGCACCCCAACCUCUACACAACAGAUUCAGGAGCAAGGACACAAUCUGUGCAGCAAAUCCUUCCAGAGACAUUAAAGGGACACAGAAAAAAAAGAAAAAAAGAUCCGUAUAUGUACCAACAUUUCAAAGCUAUUUUGCUUUUUGAUCUUUAAACCAUCCUCAUCAAGACAAAAAAAAAAUAUUUUAAACUUUGUUGGUAGUUCAGUCUCUGUGUACAGACAUAUCGGCUUUCCCGUCCUGCGGCAGGCAGUUUUAAAAAAUGAUUUCAAUGUUUAAGUUAAUAUUUUUGGGGGUCACAGCUGCAUGAAGUGGAGGAGUCCUCUUUUUAUACACACUCACAAAACAGUUAUUGAAAAAAAUAGUCUUUGGUAGUGUGCGCUUUGUGGUUCAAAACAAUAUGGGGACUUGUUUUUACUGUUGACAUCUAAAUGCAGUAGUUUUUAUUUCUUUCCUCUACAGGAGACAUUGAUUCUCCUGACUUAAUAUUAUUACAAAUUAACAUUGAGUGCACAUGAAAGAAGAGGCAUUGUACAGCUGGAUGCUUUAAAACCAUUUUUAUGGUUGGUUUGUGCACCAUUGAUGGAGCUAGAAAAAUGUUCCAUGAUUACCCCUGGACGAAGCUGUACUGCUGUAGUUAUCAUGUGGAAACAUCCAGUAUUGGAUCGCUUAAAGAAGAGAAGCAGACGAGUCAUCCAAUGACUGUUCCCUCCCUCCAGAGUGAAUGGUUGGAACUGUGAUGUCCACUAGACCUUUCACCAGAGUGCUUCCACAACAUAUAGCAAAAAGGGAAGACUUGCUUUAAGUUUUCUAUUCUUCUAAUGAAAACUUAGCUGAUAAUGUGAUUCUCUCAGAUGUUUUUCCAGAUACAUUUCAUAUUGCUGAUGUAUCAUCUGUCACAACAAAACUUCCACUCAAAGUGGUUUACAUGUUGAUUAGGCAAAGUUAUCACUCAAGUCCCAUAGACCAUUUCCCAAACUAGAUAUUGACUGAGGUUAUUUGGAUCACAAACAAGCAAAGCUGUUUUCAGAGGAAAAAUGUCAUCUUAAAGCAAGUCUGGGUGUUGGGCUAGGAAUCAGAAAUCACAUGGAGUAACAUGCACCAUAUCAAUUAUUUUUGUGCUGCUCAAUAUUUAAAAAAGUUAACUGAAUUUGAAGCAUAACCAUUUAAUGACAUGCGACAGACACUGUCUGGUAUCUUUUCAAAUCAUUGUGAGAAGAGAAUUCCCCUGCUGGACAGUAAUCAAUCGAUAGUUAAAUGUUUUUUGUUUGACUUUCAACAAUCUUAAUUUGAAAUGGGACACAUCUGAAUAUUCACCGGUUACAGUCUAGAUAUCCUGUUAAAUGUAGUGUGUGUUAGUUUUUUUUAAACAAAGAAAGCCAGUCUGAUAUUACAGAUGGCAGAAUGAGGUUUUGGCUUGAUGGAAAUGUGAGGAUCCAUGGCCAGGAUCCCUUGUUCCCCUGGUUUAAGACUUAUGUUAGCGGUUUAUUUUUUGGGAUAUCACUACACAUAUAGGGGCAGAUGCAUGGGUCCAUAUGAAACCUACUCCUGGUCUCAAAAAGCACUUUCAAUUGAAACAUUGAGGAUGUUUAUUAUUAGAGUAGGUUUAAUCAGGGUCUGUGCAACCAUCCCAUAAAUGUGCAUUUUAUACAGAGUGUAGUCCUUUUAAAUCUGUAAAAACUGUCUACUCUAAGUAGAUUGUACCAUCUGGACACUAUUUAUUAUACAGUCUAUGACAGUGGAAGGUUAUUUUAGCUUUUCUUUUAUAAAUCUGCUGUCCUAGUGUCUGCUUUGCCCUUCAUUUUCACUACCUGAAUUCUAAUCAUAUUCUUAUGUGUAUGUCCUCUGGACAUUUUGUACUCUUUUAAAACUUUUGUAAUUCAUAUUUCUUUGUAGCCUAAAGGAGUAAAAUGUAAGAUUAUUGGAGAUAAUCAAGUACAGUAUGUUCCAGUUUAAUUAUUUUUUUGGUUCCACAUUGCAUCAUGAGUGCCCACGCCCCACCCUUGGUUUCUCGAGUCAAAAUGUGUUUUUGCAGAUUGCAUUGAUCUGUUGUAAUUUGAACCAGAUCUGAAAAAAAGUCCAGAAUAAAAUAUAUUUUGAUAUUAAUAUAUCAUUUUUUAUUGGA